AUGCCCAGAAUCAGGUUCUUCGAUGUUGCCGCAUUCGGUCUGGUGGGGUUUGUUGGAAUAUACACUGGAACGCAAUUUUUCGAGCCGAUAAUCAUCGACAGACUGAGAAAAGACGGCAAUCUGAGAACAGACGUGGAGAUUCCUCAGUAUGACGAAGAGGGGAAUCCUGUUUCUCCGAAAUCGAUGCUUGAUUUGAGGGAAGACAUGGAAAAAAUCCAGCAGCAGCAGAAGGGUAUUCUGAGUGAUCUGCAACAGCAGCAGCAGCAGCAACUUGAUCAAAAAAAGUAA